CAAUAACUGCUCUCUUUAGGGAAAAACAUACCUUGAAACUUAGCUUUAAAGAGGUGCUCAGCUCGCAAAUAUUUAUUGGGUGAGAUUGAUCAAAAUAUCGUGAUUUGUCAGUGGCAAGCAGAUCACUCGACGAGUGACUCCCAGUCCAGAGAAGGCAUUUUAAUUUUACUUCUCCCCAGGUCACAACUGACAGUCACGAGUGCUGCGUGUGCGCACAAAGGUCGCGGAAAAAAUUUGCCGGAAAGGAUAUAGCUCUUGCCCGGUCACUACACUUCGUUAAUCAGUGACAGAUUUAUAUCGUUUAGCUUUAAAGAGAGCGAUGCAAGACGGACAGAGCGAAGAGUCGUUAAUAGAAGCUAGGGAGAGAUCAGAUGGAGAAAUCAGAACGAAUCGACAAAUUGAAAGACGUUCUGCAGGGAAGUGUUGUCAAAUUUCGCCUUUGAAUCUUGUUUGCAUCAGCCAUGCGUUCUCCGCUUGGGGGGAUCGCAUGUGGCAUUUUGCGAUAGGUAUUUAUCUGGUUGAACUCACACCAGGAUCUUUGCGUUUGACAGCCAUCUAUCAGCUUGUCAGUACUCUGUCAAUCAUUAUUUUUGGUCCAUUAGUCGGAGACUGGGUAGAUGCCAAUCCUCGGCUGAAAGUUGCUCAGGUCUCCUUGAUCAUUCAAAAUGUUGCUGUGAUCAAGUGUGGGGUUUUGCUUUUGAUUAUGUUGGAACUGGAACAGCACAUUCAGCAUCCUUUCAUCACAUUGCUUGAAGCAGUCAUCAUCGUCGUUGGCUCUGUAGCAGACUUGUCAAGUAUUGGCACAAAAAUUGCUGUAGAGAAGGACUGGGUAGUAGUUAUUGCUGGCUCAGAUAAAUCACUCCUGGCAAGUACCAAUUCUAUUUUGAGAAGAAUCGAUCUUUGUUGCAAGAUCCUUGCACCGAUUCUCGUUGGCCAGAUUAUGACGUACAUUUCCAAAGUGGCCGGGGUCCUUUUCCUUGUGGGCUGGAAUGUGGUGUCAGUUUUUGGAGAGUACUACCUCUUGUGGAAAGUCUUCCAGGCUGUGUCCGCAUUGUCCCAGAAAGUCUUCGAUACGAGGCACGAUGAAAAUGAGGAAGAUGCUUCCUCAGUGGACCUCUCUACUGAGGAACCUCGAGGUUCCAGAGAGCGCUUGGAUUGGAUGGAAAAUGAAGACCCUGGAAGGGGCCAAACAGGGACCGAGGCUUUGGUCCCUGCAGUUAGUACCAGACCUUCCCGCCAAAGAGCACGAAAGCCGAGUAUAUCCGCGCGGUUUAAGAAAAGGAUCCUAACCUUCAAAACUGGCUGGCACAUUUAUUUUAGACAGAGUGUAGCUCGACCAGGACUGGCUCUAGCCUCGCUGUAUUUUACAGUGAUUUCGUUUGGCGCCAUAACCACAGGCUAUGCGUACACACAGUGCUUGAGUGAGUCAAUUCUGAGUAUUGUUCGUGGUGUCGGCUCCUUGUUUGGAGUGUUUGCGACUUUCAUUUAUCCCCGUUUGAGAAAUGCUGUUGGUGUUGUUCGCUGCGGGUUAUUCUCCAUGUCAUUUCAGUUUUCGUGUCUCCUCUUGUGUGUCGCUGCCGUUUUCGCACCAGGUUCUCCGUUCUUCUUGUUACCGGAGAAUUACAGGCAAGUUCCCUUGCCUCCAUGCAAGCCAACUUACAACACAGCACCAACGUCAAUAACAGCUUGUAUGGAUCAAGAACCUUCCAAUGCGUCGCCUACUGCUCUACGUCCCUCGAAUUUACCAGAUAUGGCAAGAGGAAUUCCGUCAGCUUAUCUCAAUUCCACUGUACGUCCAACGUCGACAUUAUUAAUGAAGUCGUCAUCCCUUGGUGCUUUAAAUGUAACAACGCUAUCACCAAAAACAGCGAUUAUUUCUCCAAGUAAAACCAGUAUGUUAUUUCCCAGUUCAAGUAUCUCUCCAUCGAACCGAAACUGUAGCUCAAAUACGACCGCGUUGCCCGCUUCAAGCUACCGUAUCUCUUACAUCUCUAUAGGCCUUCUCUUAGCGGGAAUUGUCACGUCUCGCCUUGGGCUCUGGUUAUCUGACCUAACCAUCUCGCAGUUGUUCCAAGAGGCUGUUCCUGAACAAGAAAGAGGGAUAGUAGCUGGAAUGCAGAACUCGUUCAACUCCAUUUUAAGCCUGAUCAUGUUCUUCUUGGUGAUCGCUCUUCCAAAGCCUGAAACCUUUGGCCUCUUGGCUCUCAUGUCUGUUUUCGCUGUGGGAAUAGGUGGUGUGCUGUACGCCUCAUUUACGUACAAGAUCCGCGGCCAUUUAUUUCAUUUCGACAAACUGGGGAAGUUUUGUGGCGCGUCUGCUCCCAUAAGCGAGCGAGUGCCAAGUUUGCCGGAUGAUCUUGAUCUUGAAGACGAGGAAGAAGCAAUGAUUAGAGGCGUUUUAAGCACCAAGAAUGAAAACUUUUCGUAUUGAUGAACUCACUGUAUCGCUGGAAGAAAAGCUGGUGUAAGACAAGAAGAAAAAAAGACUCCCAUCAACUGAACUGUGUACCCGACAGGGAUAUAGUCUCCAAAGUGUAGUGGGCUGAGCAAAUGAGCCAAACAGACACAGAAUGUAGCCUGAAAUGCCAGUCAUCUACCGCCUUUAGCCAAACUUGUCCCCCGGCGAGAGAAAGGAAAGGCUGAAGGCGGGAGAAGACUGGCUAGCACAAAAUGCCAUUUUUUAUGUUUAUAGCCUGCGUAGUGUCUUAGUUUGAUUUGCGUUGUAUUUAAACGAGUCUCGAUAAUUCAAAGCAGUUUGAAUUUUUUAACUUUCAACCGCACUUUCUUGAUAUGCAUUAGGGAGUUAAAGCAACCAUGAUCGCGGUGAAUCCCGCGAUAAUCCAGUCAUUCAGUUUUUCUGCCACUGUCACUGCUGUCCCAAAACUGAAUGUGUACAACAGCAUUGAAUUCGAAAGAGACAUUUUGAAAUUGGCUGUCGUAGCAAGUUCUCUCUUGGACGCGGAGGGGUGAGAAAUUGAGAAAUUAAACAGAUGGAAAAUAGCUGGAGUGACGACAAAGGACCGGCAGAUCUGGAAGGAUUACGCGGCUUCAUUACACGCCAUACACCGACGGGUAAUAGGCAUGAAUUAGUCGUAGUUUUCAUUCUCCAGAACACCGGUGUCAAUUUGCAGAAAACGGCACAUAAAUAUGUACAAAGAUUUACCACGCACGUGCAAAGCCAUUGUUCUUCUCAUCACACUUUUGGUUAGUGACGUUGCCGUUGCUGUUAUGGUUUGCUACAGCUCUCUUUUAUCCAAAAUGCAUGUUGGAUAUAUUGACACUCAACUUUGCUUGGUUAUAAUUUAUUACAGCAUUAAUUAGUACGGUUCGUGUAGAAGCUGCAGAACGAGUAUUACGAAACGAUUUUGACGUCACUCGAGGCAAUACUGUUAAUUUUUUUUUUAUAAGAGAUUGUUGUAAAUAAUUUUUGUCUAGUUAGUUAUUGCUCAAAAUUCACUGAAGGUUGUUGCUUGCUCAAAUGCUCUCUUCUCAUCGUACAGGUCUCUCAAGGAGCUUGGGGACCUGUGCGACGGUAGUUCAAAGGAUAGACUAUAGACCCUUUUCAUAAAUAGCUGCCAAUUUAAAACUCUUUUGUAUGUAUUUAGAUUAGCCUCACAAAACUCGUUUGGGAGUAAAAUUCUUUGAAUUAUCAACUCAAGAACGAGGUUAGCCAUGC